GUCUUUUCCUACUUGAAUGAGUUGGCCAACAAUAAACCACAUCUCCAGUGCAGCAACCAUAACUUGAUACCCGCCUAUUAAUACAACACAAGCCCCACAAACCCCAAACACUCUGUCUCCUUCGUUUACCAUGCCUCUCUCUACCAGGUCCUCAGGUUCUGCACUCCAGUUCUUCAGCUUAAUUUGUACGAUUUGGCUUCAAUCCAUUAAUGGCACAAACUCAGAUUUUCCAGCUUAUUCCUCACUCCUCAAAAAACAUCUCUCCAUCUCUCAAGUCCAACUGAACUACCUUGCAGCUGCUUCAGAUGCUGGUAAACUCUUUGGUUGGAUCUCAGGCUUAGCAGCAAAACACCUCCCUCUCUCUCUAGUCAUCUUUAUAGGCUCGGCGCUCGGCCUAAUUGGCUAUGGCCUCCAAUACCUCUUACUAGAACAUAAGAUCUAUUCUCUCUCUUACUUCCAAAUCUUCUUCCUGUUUAUGCUAGCAGGUAAUGGCAUAUGUUGGCUCAACACAGUAUGUUACUUGGUGAUCUUGAAAAACUUCUCUCACUAUAGUGGUAUUGUUCUUGGGCUUUCUACUAGUUAUCAAGGCCUAAGUGCAAAUAUAUAUACUGCUUUGGCUGGUGCGAUUUCGCCACGGAAAUUUUCCAGCAAGACUUAUCUUCUUCUCAAUAGCGUAAUUCCGAUAGGGCUCAGUAUUGUGAGUAUGCCGUUUAUGCGAGUAAUCGAGGGUCCGGUGCAUGAUAUUAAGGGCAAAUUAGCAGUGAUUUUUAUUAUCACUGUGGCUACUGGUGCAUACACAACAGUGGGUAGUAUUCGGCCCGAGUUCGGGUAUCUUCGACCGAGAUUGUAUGCGACAGGUUUGGUGUUGCUGUUGCUUUCUUUGUUACUGGUUCCCUUGUGGGCGUCUUUGAAAGAAGUUCUUAAGGAGAAAUGGUGCUUUCAAAGAGAGAUGAAGGUGUUCACAGUGGGGGAAGAGGAAGUGGGGGUUGAAGAGAGAGAAAGUGGAAGUGGGUUUGGUGAGAAAAGUGGGGAAGAGAGAGAAAGUGGUGGUGGCAUAAGGGAGGACUAUGGGGUGACAAAGCUGAUGUCGAGUGUUGAUUUUUGGUUGUAUCUGGGGGUUUAUUUUUGUGGCGCAACGGUUGGGUUGGUGUAUUUGAAUAAUCUUGGGCAAAUUGCAGAGUCUCGCGGUCACACCAAGACUUCAGCCUUGGUCUCUUUAGCGUCUUCUUUCGGCUUCCUGGGGCGAAUUUUCUCAUCAAUCCUGGACUGGUUUUCUCACAAAAACAGUUCAAGACCAGCUUACAUCACACUAUUCAUGGUGCCCAUGACUGGCGCAUUCUUCUUACUCCUGAGUUCAAGCACUACAUGUCUAUACAUGAGCACAGCCAUAGUAGGCAUAUCAAGUGGGGCCAUCAGCUCGAUCGCAGUUUCGACGACGUCGGAUCUCUUUGGGCAAAAGAAUUUUGGCCUAAAUCACAACAUUGUCGUUGCAAACAUCCCGAUCGGUUCGUUCCUCUUCGGAUACCUGUCUGCGAUCUUUUACGACCGGAAAGCCCAUGUAUCCGGCCGAUGCAUGGGUGCCGAUUGCUUCAGGGGCACAUUCAUCGUUUGGGGCUCUGUGUGUUCUCUUGGAACCAUCCUCAGUUUCUUCCUCUACCUUCGAACUCGAAAACACUACAUGAGGUCGAGGUAGUGGACACGGUGGCGGGUAGCUUGGGGGCAUUUUGGUAAUUUUAUAACAUGGUUUACGUGAACCAGGGGUGACCCAUCUUACACAAAGAUUCCAUGGCAUGGGUACUUUUGAAAUUUUACGCCCGGAGCAGGAUGAUUUAUUGUGCCCAUGAGAUAAACUUUUGCCAUGUAUAUGUAUAUGUUUUAUUUUUUGGAUACUUGAUAAUUGAAAAAAAGAGAAUAUAUACU